AUGUAUUCAAUAGCAAAUAAACCGGAACAAUGUAUUGAAUGUGAAGAAAAUAAUAACAAGGAUGGUUGGUUUAUUUGUCAAGGUUUGAAUUUUAAUUUUUUAUUUAAAUAUUUAAUAAACGGAUCAAUCAUUACAGAUAUAUAUAUAUUUAUAGAAUGUCAUCGAAUAUUUUGUAGUCGACAUAGUAUUAGUCAUCGUCAUCAAUUAAAACAAGAACAACCAUCAACUGAAAGAUAUAACCGUCAUGUUCACUUAGAUCAAAUAGCUGAAUGGGAACGAAAAGCUAUUGAUAAAAUUCGUAAACAAGCAGAUGAAGCUCGGCGUCCUUUAAUUGCACCACCAACACCAAUAACCCAAACAUCACCAUCGACAAUGCUCAUCAAUGAACUACGUAAUGUUUCACUUACACAAUUAUCAACUGCAUCAUCUAAUAUUGAAAAACAAUCACCAAUUAUUGAUCAAUAUGAAUUAUUAUCUGAUGAAACAUUAGAUGAAAUAAUUGGUGAUAGUCCUCUAACAUCACCUCCUGAUGAGAUACAUGUUACAGGACGUGUUUCAUUUGCUAGUCAAUAUCCAUAUAUGACUGGUGUGCAUCGUCUUCGACUUUCAUUGGAUACAUUUGAUUAUCCAUCAUCAUGGGCUUUUGUUGGUAUUAUAUCUGAAGGAGUUAGAUUAGAAAAUACAGAAUAUCCAAAUUAUUUAAAUCGAUCAUCAUUUGGUUGGCAUAUAGGUCGUCAAUCUAUUAUAUAUGAUAGACAAACUUCUACUAUAUAUAAUUAUGAUGGUCGAGAUAUUCGACAAGGUGAUAUUUUGAAAAUUAUUAUCGAUUGUAAUCAAAAAACUAUUGAAAUCAAAAAUGAAAGAACAUUAAAUACACAUCUUAUUUCUAUUAAUAGUAAUCAUUGUCCAUUACCUUGAUCAACUAUGGUUUGGAAUAUAAUAGUUCCGAUUGUUGGUCGAUAUGCAACUAUAAUUACUUUGCCAGUUGCCAUAGUUUUGGGCAGUCUUGGAUAUCUAAUUGAACGACGUUUGCGUGGUAUACCAUAUACUCCAGUUCCUCAUGAAAAAACUAUUAUAGAUGAACGAGUAGAACGACAAAAUCAACAACAAGUGACAGCUUCUCCUUAUAAAAUGGACACUGUUGUACCAAAAACUAUUUUUGAAAGAAACAAUCCUGAUGAUUUAAAAAAAUUUAGUUAG